GCCUCUCCAGAGCCCGCGGCCGGCAGGGGCGGCCCCGGAGGCGGCGCCGGCCUCGGGGCGGAGCCUCGUAGCUCCUCCUCGCGGGCGGAGGCCGGAGGUUCGCGGCGGCCUCCCGGUACCGACUGGUCACAAACUUGAGCGAGGUGGACGUUCCAGCCGCCUAGGAUGAGGAGGUGCGGCCGCCGCUCGGGGUCGCCGUCGCAGCUGCUGCUGCUGCCGCUGCUGCUGCUGCUACCGCCGCUGCUGCCGCCGCUGCUGCUCGCGGUGCCCGGCGCUGGCGCGGCCAAGCUCUCGGUGCUCUACUCGUCCUCGGACCCUCUGACGGUGCUGGAUGCGGACACGCUGCGCCCGGCGGUGCUCCGCUCCUCCAGCGCCUGGGUGGUGGAGUUCUUCGCCUCCUGGUGUGGCCACUGCAUCGCCUUCGCCCCGACGUGGAGGGAGCUGGCCAACGACGUGCAGGACUGGAGGCCGGCCCUGCAACUUGCUGUCCUGGACUGUGCUGAUGAGGCCAAUACUGCUGUGUGCAGAGACUUCAACAUCCUAGGCUUCCCAACUGUGAGGUUUUUUAAGGCCUUCUCCAAGAGUGGUCCUGGCACAGCGUUAUCAGUGGCUGGUGCUAACGUGGAGACGCUACGUAGGAGGCUCAUUGAUGCUCUGGAGUCCCACAAUGGCACAUGGCCCUCAGCCUGUCCACCACUGAAGCCUGUCAAGAUGAAGGAGAUCAACAAAUUCUUUACAAGAAAUAACACAGAGUACUUGGCCCUGAUCUUUGAAAACAAAGACUCCUACCUGGGUAGAGAGGUAGCUCUGGACCUGUCCCAGCGCCAUAUACCGGUGCGCAGGGUCUUGAAUACCGAGAAAGACGUGGUGAACAAGUUUGGUGUCACUGAUUUCCCAUCAUGCUACCUGCUCUUUCGGAAUGGCUCUGCCUCCCGAGUGCCUGUGCUGAUGGAGUCCAGGUCUUUCUACACAUCGUACCUCCGGGGACUGUCUGGACCGACCAGGGAGACCUCCUCAACCACAGCGGCGCCAGUCACUACUGAGAGUAUAGCACCCACAGUGUGGAAUAUUGUAGACCACUCCAAGAUCUACAUGGCUGACCUGGAAUCCUCACUACAUUACAUCUUGCAUGUAGAAGUGGGAAAGUUCUCGGUUCUGGACGGACAUCGCCUGGCGGCCCUGAAAAAGUUUAUUGCCGUAUUGGCCAAGUACUUCCCUGGCCGGCCUUCGGUCCAGAACUUCCUGUACUCCUUAAAUGACUGGCUUUACAAGCAGCAGAGAAAGAAGAUGCCCUACAGUUUCUUUAGAGCUGCUAUGGACGACAGGAAGAAGGACUCGGUUCUCGAUGAGAAGGUGAACUGGGUUGGCUGCCAGGGCAGUGAGCCACAUUUCCGGGGCUUUCCCUGCUCCCUGUGGGUCCUCUUCCACUUCCUGACUGUGCAGGCGAGUCGGUAUAGUGAAAACUACCCACAAGAACCAGCUGACGGCCAGGAGGUCCUCCAAGCCAUGCGGAACUAUGUUCGGUUCUUCUUCGGCUGUCGAGACUGUGCUAACCAUUUUGAGCAGAUGGCUGCUGCCUCUAUGCACCGGGUGACAAGUCCCAAGAGUGCAGUUCUCUGGCUCUGGACUAGCCACAACAGGGUUAACGCUCGCCUCUCGGGUGCUCCGAGUGAGGACCCCCUCUUCCCCAAAGUGCAGUGGCCACCCCGUGACAUGUGUUUUGCCUGCCAUAAUGAACUCAGCGGACAGCAGCCUGUGUGGGAUGUAGAUGCCACCUUCAACUUUCUCAAGGCUCACUUCUCCCCAGGAAACAUCAUCAUGGACUCUCCUGCAGCUGGACUAACAACCCAGAGGGGUCCCCAGAAUCCGGAAACUACCCCAAAGCUGCUUAUGUGAAGUCCUCCCCAUUCCCGCUGAAGUCUCAAUGUCUCCUGCUUGGUCUUGGCCUUAAAUUGAGGCAGACAAGUCCAGAGUUUCCAUCCAGAAGAGAGUAUCCUGGGCUGGGUGGGCUGGAGUGGACCUCCUCAGUGCAUUCUGAGGUUCUGUCUCCUUCCCUCCCUCUCAACGUGAAGAAAAAGCAUCACUCCUGCCCUACCCAGCUUCGGCACCUCAGACCCGAGUGGGCUUUGGCUACAGGAGUGGGUCUGGAAGCCUCAGGAGGUGAUCCUGGUCUUCCAGGUUCAAACUAGAGUUUCUGCUGCAAGGGUGUAGUUUGAGGUCGGUGGGGUUUGGCAGGCUGGGUGGGUGACAGUGGCUGGGCUGUGGGCUGUGGUGCUUACUUGGUGGCAGGGGUAAAGGGGUGGGUGGCGCUGGGUCCAGGUAGUCCUGUGCUAGCUGUGAGAGGGCAGACUUCUCCUCUCUGAGCUGGGGCUCUCGUCUUUUAUUUUGUUCUCUUUAAUCAAUGCUGACUGUUGGACGUGGAAGGUGCUGGGUUGAGAGCAGUGGAGGAGGGUUUCCUCUUUGGGUUCCACUGCGGGCAGGCAGAGGUGGAAAGAGGCUGGGACACAUGCUUCCUUCCCACUCUCCCACUACUGCUUGGGAGGGGCGAAUAAAAUUAUUUUUGUUAAGUCA